GCAGCUUUUGAAAUAAUUUGUUUUUAACAAAAUGCAAGCGUUUUUUAAACCUGGAAAAGCAAAUAUUGGCAACAGCGCCACGGACAAACAGACAAUCAAUGCGACCGCUGAACGCCGCAAACCGCCAGCACCCUGGGUGGAAAAAUACCGCCCGCGAAGCGUUGAUGAUGUUGUGGAACAAUCGGAGGUGGUGGCCGUGCUACGUAAGUGCGUUGAGGGUGCCGAUUUGCCGAAUAUGCUGCUCUAUGGCCCACCCGGCACAGGCAAAACCAGCACCAUUCUGGCGGCGGCACGUCAAAUCUUCGGCGAUAUGUACCGCGAGCGCAUCCUGGAGCUGAAUGCCUCCGACGAGCGCGGCAUCAAUGUGGUGCGCACCAAGAUCAAGAAUUUUGCCCAGCUAACGGCGAGCAGUGUGCGUCCCGAUGGUCGGCCGUGUCCGCCAUUUAAGAUUAUUGUGCUGGAUGAAGCAGACUCGAUGACGCAUGCCGCACAAGCGGCUUUGCGACGCACCAUGGAGAAGGAGAGCCGCAGUACACGUUUCUGUCUCAUCUGCAACUAUGUGUCGCGCAUUAUUGUGCCCAUCACGUCGCGUUGCUCCAAGUUUCGCUUCAAGGCGCUGGGCGAGACCCAGAUCAUUACACGACUGCAGCACAUUUGCGAUUUGGAGAGCGUGUCCAUCGAGCCCGAUGCCUACCAGUCGAUUGUUAAGAUCUCUGGCGGCGAUAUGAGACGUGCCAUAACCACAUUGCAAUCAUGCUAUCGCCUUAAGGGCGCCGAACACACCAUUAACUCAGACGAUCUACUUGAGAUGUCGGGCAUUAUACCGGAGCACUAUCUUGAUGACUAUCUUGAGGUGUGUCGCUCGGGCAACUAUGAGCGCCUGGAGCAUUUUGUACGCGAGAUUGGUUACUCGGCUUACAGCGUUGGCCAAAUGAUGGAACAAUUCGUGGAGUAUGUUGUGCGUUGCGGUUCCCUGACAGACAAGCAGAAGGCCAUCAUUUGCGACAAGCUGGGCGAGUGUUGUUAUCGACUGCAGGACGGCGGCUCUGAAUAUUUGCAAAUCAUGGAUCUGGGUUGCACGAUUAUUCUGGCGCUCAAGUGAAAUUCAUCCUACUCAUUUAAACAUUCUCAGAGGCAAAAUAGUGCCAAUUGUAUUAACAAUCCUUUUUUAAUACCGGAGAAAUCCAAUCAGAAUUUGUUGAUUUACUUUUUACACAUCAAAAUUGUUGUACAAUAAAAACCUCAAUUACUACUCACUAAAUAA